ACAAGCUUCACAAAGUGGGUACUGGCUGCCUUCUUCAUCCUAACGUCUGUUCCUGAUCAUCCUAUUUAAAAAUCCACGGCGGAACGUUCGGAUCGGUUGCGUUGUCGCGCAUGCGCUCCAUGGUUUGUUGCGUCUCGCUUAUUUUACUAACGAGGUUUAGCUUGCGGGACGCUAGCGUCAUGCUAAUAUCACGAGGUGAAUAUCUGAUGUCAGCAGUAAUCAGUACUAAUAUUUAGCGUUAAGUCACGCCACAUCAUCACCUGCUAACCAGGGAAUCCGAUACCGACAAACAGAUGUCUGGCUGAUCCAAACCAAAAGCACUCUUAAAAGAUUUUCCCCCCAAACAGUUUUGAAAGUGGACAUUACAGGACAGACUCGCAGGGUGUCAGGACACAGUGGAUCAUGUCGGACCUGGACACCCUCAUUGUGACCUUUCAGACCCAGCUCUCCGAUGUGAUGGAGGUUGUAGUGAAGACAGCGAUGUUUGAGGUGACCAGGCUGGUGGAGGACGUCUUCAUGAUGGAGGUGAGGCGCAGCAAACUGGAGGUGGAUUCUCUGAGGCUGCAGCUGCAGUGGACUGGGAGCAAACUCGGCGGGGAUGCAGAAAGGACCGACGGGUCUGUUGAGUUGGCGGACAAUGAAGCAGAUCAGAGUCCUGUCGUGGUGAAAGCAAAAGCAGAGGAGCAUGACACAAUGAGUGAAUGCGAGGUGAAGAAUCCAGAUGGUGGAGUUGAACACUGGUUGUCAAAUAGCAGGGAAGAAUCCAAAACAGAGCCAGUAGACAAUCCAGAACCGAUCCAGAGCCCUGGAAGAGAGUCAAAGGUCACAGGAGAAAAGGAAAUCAUGACAUCUUUGGAAAUGAAAGAGGAAGAACUAAAGAAACUGUCUUCUUGUUCUCUGCAUUUGAGAGAGUGGAGCAGUACUUCUGAUCGUGAAGCUGAACCAGAGGAUGCAAGUGACUUGGUUGAGGCACAGCCGAUACCAGCCCAAACAUACAGUGAAGAGCUGCAGAGAACUGUCAUUAAGAGAGACCCACACAUGUCCACUGACUGUGUGUAUCCUGAGACCCAAGACGAAACCGAAGUGGCAGUGGACCAGACCGAUGUUCCAGCUUUCAAACUUAAUUCCAAGUGGGCUGACUUGCUGGCCUCAGCAGCUGGGCUCCAGCAGAAUCACAAGCUUGGCACAGAACCUGAGUUUCCAGGCCCACCUAAAGGUUCUGUGAAUUAUCUGGAGCAUGAGCUUUCUGGCUCUGCCAGAGCAGAUGUUCAGUUUACCUCAGUCAGAGAUCGGGUUUCCUGUUCGGAAUCUCCCAAAGCCAGACUGCGAGCCAACAACACGCCGAGCGUGAUUGUUAAAGAAGAAGUCCUUAUCGACUCUGAUGGGUUUACAGACAGGGCGAGUACAGAAAAGAAAGCUGGGACACAAUCAUUCACUGGUUCGUUACAGGAACAAAGGGUGAACUUAGCACAUAAACCAAACCACUUUUACCACAAAUCCUCAGCACAGGAGGGAGUGAAGCUCCAGUCUCACAGGGGUUCAGGACUCAGGUUACAGGCAGCUAUACAACACCUGCACCGACCACUGAAGAAGCCGCCACAGAGACUGUCAAACAUGACAACAGCAGUGCUCUCCCACCCUCACUCUCAGGUCGCACCUUUAAAUAACCCCAACAGGAUUUCCUCCACAUCCAAAGCCGCUUCGUCUUUGCAGUCACUGCAGCGCGUUCACCUGGGCGACAAACAGACCGUAGCUCUGCACCGCGCCAGCACCUCAUGGGUCAGCAUCAAAUCCCACAAUCACCCUGCAAACUGCCAUCAGUCGUCCCGCAAUCCCGUCUCCCUUCCUGACUCUCCACUUUACCGGCCCUUCCUGCGCUGCGAGGAGUGUGACAAGAGCUUUCCACAUCCCAGCAACCUGAAAGCCCACAUGCAGAUUCACACAGGUGAACGGCCUUUUUGCUGCCCGCUCUGCGGCCGCAGCUUCACCAAGCUUAGCAACCUCAAAGCCCACCGGCGCGUCCACACAGGCGAGAGACCUUACUGUUGCUUGGCAUGCGGCAAACGCUUCACCCAGAAAUGCAACCUGAAACGCCACCAGAGGAUCCAUCUGGACGUUUGACCUCAGAGAUCUGGAGCAGAAAGAAAAUUCAUGAAUGUUUGUGUUUUAGCUUUAGACGGUCAGGGCUCAUGUUGCAGUGCAGCACAGUUGGUGGGCUGCAUCACAAGACUACAUUUCUAGAUUUGAUUAGUUCUGUGCAUUCCUAUGAAGCUCACCUGUUAACCUCUACAGGUGUCCUGGGCUCACUGUAGGUUGACAAACGCUGUGUGUGGCGUGUUUUGAUAUUGUUAGAUGAACCAGCUAACUGUUAAAUGUUUAGAGUUAUUUGCUACGUAGACUGCAAGUUAUUUAUAAAUGUACAGUGCAAUGAAAAAUGUUUGUCCCCUUAGAGAUUUUUGCUGUGAUGCAGCAGUUUCAUAUUUUAAAUCAGCUUUAAUAUCAGACUAAAACCAAUCGAAAUCAACCUUAUCCAGGAUUGAUUUGAUUGAAUAGUCCCAACUUACUGCUGACUGAGGAAUUACCUAUAUUUUUGAUAAUAAAUACACCUCAACAAUCAAGAUAAUCAAUUAAAUUGAACUUAUCUUAUAACAAAAAAUCAUUCCUUGGAUUUCAAAAAAACUCAUCAUCAGAUGAGAAAUGGUACUCGACAGCCUGUGAAAGGUUACAAAGUCAUUUCUAGAGUUUUAGAAAUGAAUUUAGUGAAACAAAAUUCAGUCUUUAGCCACACAGAGCAAGAAAAUGUGGACUUUCCCAGGUGUAGUCAGGUGUACCAAUAGAAUACAAAAUACCCCAGAGCAACAUCUAAAAGCACUGCCAGCCUUACUUCAGUGAACAUCAGUGUUCAUGAUUAAACACUUAAAAAGGCAGGGCAAAAUCAAACCUUGUGUAAGAUGUUGUACCAUUCAUACACAAGAUAAUGCAAAUAGAAGCUGGGCAGCUGAGUCAUCCAUGGGAGAGUUUCAAGCCCAAAACUUUUGCUGACAUCAAUUUGAACCCAUCACUUUGAAUUUUGGGAUACGAUUCUGUAAAUGUUCUGUGUUUCCUAUUAUAUCCAUCAGAAAAUGCCCAGCCAUCAGUUUAUGAUCUUCAUCUCAAGCGCAUUUGUACAGCAGGACAAUGAUCCAAGGUGUCCUAAUAUGUCCAAAUCCUAAGGCUCAAAAUAGUUUCAGCAUUGUUAUCUGAUGUAAAAUUGUCUUCUUCUGAUAUAUGUAUAUUGUCUUGCAUAUUUUUUAUAUUUUUAUUAUCUUAUUAUUAAAUUAUAAACAUA